AUGGAUGACCGGCUCCUACGACGACACCGUGGUUCAAACAUUGCCUAUCAUUCCCUACACUCGGACCGUCUCCGUACACUCAAGGCCGCUCUGUUCUACAGGUCGCACUCAAUCUCCUUUAUUCUCACACGAUUGGCCCAAGCUCUGCCUUACACUGGCAAAUGGGAACCUUCCAAACCGAAAAGUACUUGCACACAUUGGUUCCGUGACACUACAUAUGCACUCCUCCUUGCAAGUGCGCCCAAAGACGCCCUGCUCUUUCCCAGCCUGCGCCCGCUUACAUGGUGCGACACACGUCUCACCUCCGUUCCGGCCCUCAGCCUCCUCCUACCCACUCUCGAGACCCUUUCUAUCGACCUCGCAUCCACUCCAUUCCGCAAGGCAAACAUCCCUGACCUUCAUACUGCCGCCCCGCGCCUCAAUGCUCUUGAGUUCAGCGGCUACCUCGAACCGACGAACCUUUCGGAAAUCGAGUCCCUCUUGUUCAGAUAUCCUAGGGGUCUCACAGAGCUGUCGUUCAGAUGGUGUGAUAUCUCAAGCAACCCGCUUCAUCUCAUCGUCCGGUCCCACGCCUUUGAUGGCUCACCUUGA